CUGCACAUACAAGAUAGAUGAACACUAAGGCUGCCAACAACCUUGCCAAGGUCACCUUUGUACUUGGUGGCCCAGAAUGUGGCAAAGGUACCCAGUGCCAGCUCUUAGCUGAGAGAUAUCAGUAUGUGCACCUUCUCUUGGGCAAUAUCUUUUGUCAGGCUUUUGUGAUUCAUGUCGAUUCUAGUUUCUAGGAUAUUGUGGGGAUGCAAUUAUACUUUUAGAAAAGAAAGUUUAAACAAUGUUAUAGGUGACUUGUUGAGAGAGGAACAAACCACAGAUCCAGAGGACUCGAAGCUAAUCAAUGAUCAUAUCAAAGAAGGAAAGAUCGUCCCUGUCGAGAUCACUUGUAGAUUAUUGCUCAAGACAAUGCAGAAGAUCGGGAUGAAUAAAAGAUUUUUAAUCGACGGUUUCCCAAGGAACGAGGAUAACCUUUUUGGGUGACAAAAAGAUACGGAAGACUUUGCUAAUGUAAAUCAAGUCAUCUUCUUUGAACUUCCAGGAAAAGAUAUGCUUAAAGAAUCAUACAUAAAGCUAAGACUAGAGGAAGAGCAAUUGAUAAUGUUGAAGCAGUUCGAAAGAGAUUUGUUACUUUAAGCACAGAGACAAUGAAAGUGAUUGAUUGUUUCUAUGAAAAGAACAUUGUCAAUAAGGUAGACGCGACCGGGGCAUCGAAGAAAUAUAUACUGACCUUAAAGAAGGUUUGGUUCUUUAAAUCCAUGGCAUCAGCCAUUCUUGGUAUUCAUUAAACCUUAAGAAAUAUUGAUGAGCAUUAAAGAAAUUUUAUCAUAAAAUAUCUGUAGUUAGUUGGCACUAAUCCUGCAAAAAAGGCCAAAAUAUUGAUGUAAGUUAUGCAAAAUAAAUGAUCUAACAAGUAGAUUAUCAAACAUCAAGAUUAUUCUCCUAAAAAUUUAUAAAAUCUGGUCUAGAACCAUCGAGUUUACCAACUUACACUACAUAAUAUUAGCACAUCCUCUUCAUAAGAUUGAUUAAUUUGUUGUUAUAAUUCUAGGUAUCUAGCUUUAAAAAAGAUCUUUUUAACAAAUUAACAAAUUCCUUACCACAGAAAACCUACCUCACAGAGAUAUUAAAAAUAGGACUCAAUACCAAUGUAGCAGUAAGUUAGCUAUGCUAAAAUAAGAUCUCAACCGGACUCUUGGAUACAUAAAAGGUUCCUCAACUUCUGCUCUACUUCCGUCUCUUAACCAUUGAGAGCAGACUUUCUGGCUCCAUUCCAUUAAAUCUUAUUUUCUGAUCCAGAAACGAAAAGGAUAUUUCGAGGGCAUUAGGACGCAACAAAUUAUGAAAUUUGGAGGAUUGGGUAAAGGCAGAAAUGUACAGAGAAGGGAAAGGAGAAUAUUAAUAAUUUAGGUUAAGUUUGAAUAUU